AGGGGGGGGGGGGGAGAUGAAUGAAUAGAUCAUCCCCCCUGAACAAUAGGUAUCAAUGACAGAUCUACGCCCAUGUAUAGGUCAAUCAACCCGCAGGUGUGAAACCGACUAUUGAAUUGGGUGACGCAGAUGUUUUUAAAGCAAAACUAUUUUCGUAGCUUAACAAUAGCGUCUGAUCAGAGACUAUAUGUUAAAGCAACGCUAUUGUUUAACGCAUGUCUUCUGUUCGUCGAUGCGGUACCCUGUGAUGUUUCACUGGAUAUUUAACAGGUACUUAGUUGACAUCUCGCUUUCUGUCAGAGUGACGUAGCGAAUUACAGAUAAGGACGAAAUGUUUAAACUUUUGAUACCGAGUCUGAAUUCCAUCUUCAAAAUAUUGUGCUUUUCUCAUAGAAUCUGUAAUUAAGAAUGUCUCUAAACGAUACCCCCAAAAUUAGUUUUGUUAUCAUGGUCGGUUUAAUGUACAUUGGUGGAAAGGUCGUUUGUUUUGGUGCACGUUUUAAGCAAAUUUGAUUACGAAGCGAUUCACUUGUUUUUCAAUUAAGUGUACGCAUAAAUAAAACUCCUGCGAGAGAAUAGUAACAAUACUACUGCAAAAGAACCACUGAAUCUUUUCUUUUCGCAAUGCAAACUGUGCAAAUAUUGUACUUUCAUUGCUUCAUUAAAAAGUUUCUUUGGCAAACAUCGGAGUACUUUGCAGACGUGUCAUAUGCACACAUUUUCCAUUCUCAUUUCUCUUAUGUAUAAUCAGAGAUAAUUCACUAGACCAAUAUAGAAAGCCGUUUGAAUUCACUGUGCGUACGACACCAAAUAAAAGUCAUACGUAUUAUUGUCAUAAUAAUUAUGAAAUUGUGUAAAAACUUCAGUAUGUUAAUCACUUAAUGAGUAAUACUUUUAAAUGAUUUGGGAUUAUUAUUCUAGUGUUGUUUCUUAGCCGUUAUUUGCUCAAAUUCACCCUAUCCUCUCUUUAAUAUCACUCCCACUUUUACUUACUUAGUUUUUUUGCAAGCUUUGUACUUCCCCUUCAUCAUUCUUUCGCUAUGAUAUCUCUCUCUCUCUCUAUCUUGCUCUCUAAUUCGUAGCUGUAAAUAUUGUGACGAAUGUAUAUAUUUGAAAGAGAAAACCAAGCUGUUGUUUCAAAGUUCCGUAGUAUACGAAAAUUAGAGGUAUCAUUUAUUAGAGUUAUUUCUGAUUUAGACUCGGCGGUCAGCUAUAAAAAUUAAUAUGGGCAUGGAUUGCAGUGUGGUGUAAUACACAGCUUUUGUAUGGAAGAAUAACGUAAGGCGACAAUAAAGUCUCAAAUACACUGUACUGUUAUCUGUUGAGUAUAAUCUUUACCCUGCAUAUACAACUUCGUAAUAAUAUCACUUCCUCUUUUCCCUUUCCCGCACUUUUGCAUUCUUGUGCUUUCUCUCUCUUGUCUCUCUCUCCUUCUCUUUCCAAUUUCACUCAUUUAUUUCCUUCGUUCUUUUGCAUUUUGUGUACUUUCCCCCUUCCACCGUAAUAUUUCCUGUUCAGUUUCGCUUUUCCCCUCUCCUUUUUUCUCUCCCCACUCUCCUAUCUGUUCCCCACCCGUACUCAGACAGUUUUACCUUUGUAACACGUAUUAAUGGGACUUCAACGGAAAGUUUGAGUGAAAACAGAGCACUAUCAUCGCUAAAAAUGGGAAAAAAAUGUUCUGAUCGAAUUCUAAAUUCUCAUAACUACUUAGUUGAAAUGUAAAUCAUCACAAACAAUGUAGUUUCAUCAAGAUUCGUACUUAGUUUUAUCGGCAUUAAUUUUUAGACAUGAAAGCACUUUGUUGUCACUAGCGUGAUCAUAUUUCCCAAGCCCCAUCUUUUUCAGUUGGAGAUAUCAAUUAUGGUAGUUGAAAAGGCAUGCAAUUAUGAAUGAGAUGUAUAAGUCAAUCAACCCGCAGCGCUUCACUAAUGUCACUGAUCUUGGUGUGAAACGGACUAUUGAAUUAACUGCGCGCGAUGACGCAACGUCGGCAGGAAUUAAAGAGAAAGUUGAGAUCUGGGAAGAGGUAAACAAUAAUUUGUUAUCCUUUUGAUGAUUCCAAAACCUUUUUGUACACACCAACUUUUUCAUCGAUUCCACGCCGUUUUUUUCACAAUGCAAUCGCAUGACCAGAACUCAACUUUAUCUUUAAGUGAUGAGCUAAGUGAUACAUUGAUGAUUGAAGCACGUGAUUUGUUGUUCUUUUUAUUGUAUUCUUCAUCUUCCAUCACAUGCAAAGAAUGUAACACACGGGAGAUGACUGUUACACAACGACAAUUCUCCUCACCCUAAAGAAGUAGAUAGAAGAAAAACUCAUUGCUUAAAAAUAUUACAAGACAGUUGUAUUUUGAAAUGGAAAUAGAGAGGACAUCAAUAUUAUUUCAUUAAAGUGCAUCGUAAUUAAAUAUGUCGCUAAAAAGUGGGGAACCAAUAAAUGGGUGGCAAUAUCGGCGAAUUUAUGGGAAAGGAUGUAUAAGGUAUUGCCGUGCUCUCAUUGCCUAGAAUGAACGGGUAACAUUCUUCAUGAUUUCACAACAAAAUUAUUGAUGAACGGUAUGCUCUUAAAUCUAUACUCUCUUGCUCAAGACAGCCACUGACAUGGUUUACCUACCCCCAUUUUCUCCAUUUUGUGUAACCGUGCAGUAUUCAUAAUAUAUAUUUUUAUAAUAAACGCGUAUUUCUUUCAAAUAUUUGUUCCCUGGUUGUUGUUUUUUGAUCCAUCUAAUUGAACCGAUAAUCUGACAACACACAAUGUUCCAAGUUUACUUUAAGGCGACUUUUCAUAAUUGAAUACGUACAGGUAGCACGGUUUCAGAUGCCCAAGGAAAAGAAUUAUAAUUAUCCCGAACCUGAUAUAUACUGUACAGGGAAAUUACUCUGAUUUGACAACGGCAUAUCAAGAUUUAGUUGCCACUAUGUUGGUUUAUGAAUAUCUGCAUAUACACUUACAGUUAUUAAAUGUUGAAAAGACAUCCCUAUACCAUGUCACUGGCAUUAUGUUUUUCAAGCCCGUCCCCUUUUUAGGUGGAAACUAACGCAGAUUUAUGAAUAGGCCUUUUCCUAUGAAAGUAAUAACAACAGGAGAAUCCGGGUAAGCCCUUCUAUUAAUGUCAUGGCCAUGAUCACCGAUUCCCUCUGAUGCUAUUGAAAUUACCGAUAAUGCUAAUCGCUGCCAAUAAAGUAGGCUUUAACUUAAAGUCGGCACAAUAGUGACGCGCUAAUUGAGAAAGGCCACUGCGAUCGCGCUUCUAUUUCGACUAUAUAUUCCGGACCGUUAAAGCAAAAGGUAUCAGUUACCUUUUUGAUUUUAUCGAACUUGAACCGAACUCUAAACGCAAUAAUGACAACAGUGAACGUUGAAUGGCUUGUUAGCAAGUGGAGAGGUGUCCAGGAGACGGUUGUUAGGAGCCGAGUGCGGAAAACCGGGGAGCUGAUACCAGGAAUGGAGGUGUUUGUGUCGUAUAAGAGAUUGCAACACAAAGCGAAGAUCUUGUCAGUUAAGAAAAGCCAAAGCUUCCAGGUGAGACGUCGUCAGGUGCGGAGCAUCCGUGGCUUACCCAAGGGGUGGGUUUGGGACUCAUCAUCCACCGCUAACCCCGUCGCCGAACCCGAGCCACCCCAAGUCACCAACCCCGUCGAAGUCGCCGACCCCGAACCACCCCAAGUCACCGACCCCGUCGAAGUUGCCGCACCCGUCAGAGUCGUCGAAGUUGCCGCUUCCGUCGCAGUCGUCGAAGUCACCGACCCCGUCGCAGUCGUCGACCUCGACGAAGUCGCCGACCCAGUCGCAGUCGUCGAAGUCACCAAACCCGUCGCAGUCGCCGACCCAGUCGCAGUCGUCGAAGUCGCCGAUCCUGUCGCAGACGUCGAAGUUGCCGACCCCGUCGCAGUCGUCGAAGUUGCCGACCCCGUCGAAGUCGCCGACCCCGUCGAAGUCGCCGAUCCAGUCGACAUGUACGACGUUCCCAGUGAUUUUGAGGAGAACCAACCAGCUUCGUCGUCAUCAUCGGUCCCUAUCACCCAGCAACCCAUCUACAACCAGCCACUGCAUCCGAUCCCUACCUACCAGCAGGCAAACUUCAACGGCAAUCACCACUACGCAUCGUAUCCACCAGCCCAUCAGCAGCCUACCUGGGGCAUGGUGCAUUAUCUACAGCAGGAGAACCAACGACUCCGGGAUGAACUGCAGGCAAACCGGCGCGAGGCCCCAGCCAGGUCCUCGCCAGAAUACUUCCAGCUCGGCAAUGGGAGGGUCCUGAUUGGAGCAGAGGGUAACACCAUCGCCAUGGACCAGCUGGACUACGACGAUGCACAUCGGGGAUGUUCAGGUCCCAAAUCCCUGACCAUCAGGCUGCUCACCAAGGUUUUUACUAGGGAGGAGUUGGCGAGGAGCAACUUCCGCGGUGGGGAAGUGUUCACGGGUAAGGAGUGGGUCACCAAGGAGAGUCUCAAACGAAAGCCGGCGUUCCAGGCCAUCAUCGCCCAAGUCAGUCAGCAGUUUCCGGGCUCUACGGCAACGACUUCGUUUCAGAAAGAGAUCCGUGAAGCGGUCAACACGAAGUGUAGGAAGGUUGGACACGCUUUGAGGGCUCAAGGACCCUAGACGUUGUAGUUGACCGGAGAUUGUUAAUUUGUAAAUAUGUA